AAGCUUUACAACACUGUCAGGCUGAUUGUAACAUCACUGGUCUGGUUCAAAUCAUCUAGUUUGCCAAUCAGUCUUUACUUGGCACUUUUUUUUACUCCUCUUUACUCCUUUACACCUAAGACUUUCUCUUGCAGACACCUUUGUGUAACCCACCUCCUCCCCAUCACUGCCCCUCCUAUGUCACUCGGGCUCCACCACAACCACCAGGGGUUUCUUGCCUAAUCCCUAUCACCGAUAGGAAUCCAUUAUGCUGUGAUGGGCCAUUGGAGUCUAACCACCAAUCUGGAUUCUGUACAUGAAUCAAUCAUGUUCAGUUCCUUCUAAUGAUCCGUUUUUACUGAAAUAGUCACUAAUACAUUUGAAUGACAUAAUCACUUUAUCUUCAGCAGUGUUAACUCUCUUAUUUCUCUAAAGUGCUUUUACACAUUUGUUGAAUUGCUAACAUUUUUCAGACACUGAAGCAGUUCCUUGCUCCACCCACAGAUAGGAAACUGAAACACUGAAGCUUAAGCUGACACAAGAUCAACUUGGUUACUGUGGAAACUACUUUAGUAAAGUUAAAUGAUUACAUUAAUUAGCAUUGAGUUGUAAAAGAAAUAGUAGAAAGUAGUAGUGGUAGUGGUAGUAAAACUGCUUUAAGAGCAGGAAGACAAACAGGAAGACGCCCUGCUCUCAGUUUUCACACUUUAGUAUUCAGUCUGCAGCACGACAUCAUGGUGUUCAGAGCUGCCUGCAUCAAGCUGUAUAGCUCUUUAAUUCUCUUCAGUGAUAACUGUCAAGAUCCUGCUGUGUGCACAUGAUGACAACGUUGAUGCAGUUUUUCUUCGUGUUGUUCCAAACAGAUCACAGUUAUUUGAAUAUGAGGCGGUAACUUUUUACUGUGAGGGCGUCUCUCAUUAUAAUGUUGUACAUAAGUUGAGAGGGAAAAUGAAAUCAUGCAGCUACACUAAUGAGAAAACAGCAACAGGAUCGUCCUGCUCUAUAAAAAAUCUUUAUCCAGACGACAGUGGAGAGUUCAUAUGUGAGACUGAAGGAGGGGAGAAAAGCAACAUUAUCAACGUCACUGUUACUGCUGGUUCUGUGAUCCUGGAGAGUCCUGCUGUUCCUGUGAUGGAGGGAGAAGCUGUGACUCUGAGCUGCAGGAACAAGGCAACUUCCUCCAACUUCACAGCUGAGUUCUACAAAGAUGGACUCCCCAUCAGGAACAGCUCCACAGGAUACAUGACCAUCGGCAGAGUUUCCAAGUCUGAUGAAGGACUUUACAAAUGCAGCAUUUCAGGAGCUGGAGAGUCACCAGUGAGCUGGCUGACUGUCACAGGUCAGAACACAGGAGUUCAUCCAGAUAUUUCCACAAAGGAAAGCCCUGCUGCCACACCUUGGAUUAUUGUCACUGUUUUAUUGAGUGUUGUGUUGGUGGUGGGGGCACUGCGUCACUUUGGGAAAGAUUACUGGGACAGAGCACUGCUCUAUCUGUCAACUAAGGUGCGGACUUCAGAUUCAACAGAGCGUCAAGCAGAGGCCAGUGCACCUAAUGCAAGCAAAGCAACAUACGCUACUGUAAAUAAAAACAGGAAAAAAACAGAUGAAGAUGGAUUGUCUUCUGGACCCUGUUACUACCUCGUAGAACAGGAGUACGCUGAAGUAGAUGAAGAACCAGAAAAGUCCGCUGCAAGAAGAACUUCAUCACAUGUCUAUCAACUUGUGGCAGAUGAUGCUUUUUAUUCUCUAGUACAAGAGUAAGCCAUGGUUAUGGAUACACCAGUAAGAUUGUACUUUGCAUCAAGAGAAAUUGCCUGGAACGGGAAAAACUGAGAAACUGCAGCAAAUCCAGUUCACCACCCAUGAUCCUGCUGCUCAUCAGAAGGACCAGAAACAAAUAGGCAGCAGUUCAGAGAUAGAAAGCCUGUUUCACUACUGAUCAUCUUAGAGUGGUGAUAAGCCAUUAUCCUGAUCAUCUGAUUGUUAUGAUGUCUGUGUUAUAUUGUAGAUGCCCUGUAAAGUGGCCCAACCCUACAUUUAUUUUAUAUUUUGUGAAAUAAUAACCAAACUACUUUUUUAGUGAGUCCAAAUCCA